AUGACGUCGAUAUCAUUCGGCCGCAAAAAUCAGGGGCUCCAGGUCGGAGAAAACCGUGGCUCGAUCAAUGCAGAAUUCCACCUGCCUCAGGAGCGACCGGAAACUCCUCCUAGCCCUUUAUCGACUGUCCCAUUCACGCGCGAUCCAGACUUUGUUUGCCGUACUAGACUACUUGAUUAUAUUCACGAGAAAAGCUCAGUACCAGGGUCGAGAAUAGCGCUGGUCGGCCUCGGCGGUGUCGGGAAAUCGCAACUUGCCAUCGAAUAUUCCUAUCAGAUCCGAUCAAAAUCGCCGGCAACAUGGGUUUUCUGGGUUCAUGCGAGUAACGAAGCCCGGUUCGAGCAAAGUUUCCGGGAUAUCGCGGACCAGGUAAAAAUCCCGGGUCGUCAGGACCCUCAGGUUAAUAUAUUCAAACUGGUUGAGAACUGGCUCCAGGAUGAGAAGAUAGGGAAAUGGGUUUGCAUCCUUGAUAAUGUCGAUGACGAUAAGUUCCUUUGCUCGCUUCCGACGGCAGGUAGAGGAGAUCUAGCGAAAGGCCCGACGAACGCCUCUACAAAGCCUCUACUUGAAUACGUCCCUAGAAGCCACAAUGGAUCUAUCAUUAUCACGAGUCGGACCAGAGAAAUUGCAUUGAAACUGGUCGAUCACAAGGGCCUUAUUGAAGUUAAGCCGAUGGAACAGUCCGAGGCGCUAGAACUCCUUCAAAGAAAGCUUGAACAACCAGGGGAGAGCCAAGAGAGUCGACAGUUAGUGAACGCGUUAGAGUUUAUGCCGCUAGCGAUCACACAAGCCGCUAGCUAUAUUCGAAAUCGGGCGCCUCGCUAUUCGGUAUCAGAAUAUCUGGGAGACUUCCUAAGGAGCGACCGUGAAGCGAUAAAGCUUCUGAAAAAAGAGGCAGGCCAUCUCUACCGGGAUUGGGAAGCAAAGAAUUCGAUUUUGGUGACUUGGCAAAUAUCUUUCGAUUAUAUACGCCACACAAAGCCAUCUGCAGCCGAGUUACUUUCUCUCAUGAGCUUUUUCGAUCGGCAAGGAAUACCAGAGAGCCUUAUACGCCUCCAACCGAAGGCCAAUUACACAUCAAAUUCAGAGCCUUUAAACGACUCUAGUGAAGGGGAGACCUCUGAUUCCGAUGUAGGCCCUGAUUUCGAAGAUGAUAUUAUGACGCUGAGGAAUUAUUCAUUUAUAUCUAUCAGUGAGAACAGCACUUUCUUUACUAUGCACCGGCUAGUGCAACUGACUACGCAUGCGUGGUUAAGAUCUCAUGGACAAAUCGUCCAAUGGCGGGAGAAAUUCAUUAGCAACCUAUUUGGAAAGUUUCCUACCGGCGACUACAAAAACUGGGAGAGAUGUAGGUCACUGUUUCCCCAUGUCAAAUCUGCAAUGUCACAACGGCCAGCAUCACAUGAGUGUCUACAACGAUGGGCUACAUUGCUCUAUAGAGGUGCAUGGUACGCGUCCGAGUGUGGUAACAUCGCAGACGUAAGAGAAAUGGCAUCAAAAUCAAGAGAGCAAAGGAUAAAAAUAUUAGGCGAAGAACAUCAAGAAGCCCUUGAUAGCACUGCGAUGUUGGCGAAAGGAUAUUGGCUCGAAGGACGGUGGGAAGAGGCCGAGCAGCUCGAGGUGCAGGUGAUGGAGGCGAGCAAGACGAAGCUCGGCGAGGACCAUCCCUCUACGCUCACGAGUAUGGCCAACCUGGCUUCAACGUACCGGAACCAGGGUCGGUGGGAAGAGGCCGAGCAGCUCGAGGUGCAGGUGAUGGAGACGAGCAAGACGAAGUUUGGAGAGGACCAUCCUCACACGGUGAUUUAUAUGGCGAACUUGGCAUCAACGUACUGCAACCAAGGCCGGUGGGCAGAGGCUGAGCAACUUCAGGUAGAGGUGUUGGAGACUCACAAGACGAAGCUCGGCGAGGGCCAUCCCCACACGCUGAUUAGCAUGGCCCACCUAGCAUUGACGUACCGGAACCAGGGCCGGUGGGAAGAGGCCGAGCAGCUUUUGGUGCAAGUAAUAGAUAAUCGCAAGGCAAAGCUCGGCGAGGGCCAUCCCCACACGCUGAUUGCUAUGGUCAACUUAGCAUCGACGUACAGCGACCAGGGCAGGUGGAAAGAGGCCGAGCAACUUCAGCUGCAAGCAAUGGAGUUGAGCAAGAUGAAGCUCGGCGAGGCCCAUCCCGACACGCUGUUGAGUAUAGCCAACCUAGCAUGGACGUACCGCGACCAGGGCCGGUGGGAAGAGUCUGAGGAACUUCAUGUGCAAGUAGUGGAGAAUCUCAAAGCGAAGCUCGGCGAGGACCAUCCCGGCACGCUGUCGAGUAUAGCCAACCUAGCAUCGACGUACCGCGACCAGGGCCGGUGGGAAGAGUCCGAGCAACUUCAGGUGCAAGUAAUGGAGAUGAGCAAGACGAAGCUUGGAGAAGACCAUCCUCAAACGGUGAUUAGUAUGGCGAAUUUGGCCUUAACGUACGGCAACCAGGGCCGGUGGAAAGAGGCCGAACAUCUCCUGGUAGAGGUGUUGGAGACUCACAAGACGCAGCUUGGCGAGGGCCAUCCCCACAUGCUGACUAGUAUGGCCAACCUGGCAUCGACGUACUACGACCAAGGCCGGUGGGCAGAGUCUGAGCAACUUCAGGUGCAAGUUGUGGAGAAACGCAAGACUAUGUUUGGCGAGGACCAUCCAGCUACGCUGACUAGUAUGCACAACCUGGCAUCGACGUACCGGAACCAGGGCCGGUGGGAAGAGGCCGAGCAGCUUCAGGUGCAAGUAAUGGAGAAUUGCAAGGCGAGGCUCGGCGAGGGCCAUCCUCACACGGUGGAUUUCAUGGCGAACUUGGCUUUAACGUACCACCUCCAAGGCCGGUGGAAAGAGGCUGAGCAGCUUCAGGUGCAAGUAAUGGAGACUCGCAAGACGCAGCUCGGCGAGGACCAUCCCGACACGCUGAUUGAUAUGGACAACCUGGCAUCGACAUACCGGAUCCAGGGUCGGUGGGAAGAGGCUGAGCAACUUCAGGUGCAAGUAAUGGAGAUGAGCAAGAUGCAGCUUGGAGAGGACCAUCCCCACACGCUGAUUAGUAUGGCGAACUUGGCGUUAACGUACGGAAACCAGGGCCGGUUAGAAGAGGCCGAGCAGCUCGAGGUGCAGGUGAUGGAGGCGAGCAAGACGAAGCUCGGCGAGGACCAUCCCUCUACGCUCACGAGUAUGGCCAACCUGGCUUCAACGUACCGGAAACAGGGCCGGUGGAAAGAGGCCGAGCAGCUCGAGGUGCAGGUGAUGGAGACUCGCAAGACGAAGCUCGGCGAGAACCAUCCUUCUACGCUGACGAGUAUGGCCAACCUGGCAUCGACGUACGGGGAGCAGGGCCGGUGGGACGAGGCUGAGCAGCUCGAGGUUCAGGUCAUGGAGACUCGCAAGAAGAAGCUUGGCGAGGACCAUCCUGACACGCUAUCGAGUAUAGCCGACGUGGCGUGGACGUACGGGAAGCUAGGACGGUGGGACGAGGCUGAGCAGCUCCAGGUGCAGGUGAUGGAGACGAGCAAGACGAAGCUCGGCGAGGACCAUCCCGAUACGCUGACGAUUAUGGCCAACCUGGCUUCAACGUACCGGAACCAGGGCCGGUGGGAAGAGGCCGAGCAGCUCGACGUGGAAGUGUUGGAGACUCGCAAGAACGAAGCUCGGAAGCUAGGCAGGUGGGAAAAGGCGGAGCAGCUAGAGGUGCUGGUCAGGGAGACCUGCAAGACGAAGCUCGAUGUUGGACCAUCUCGAUACGCUGACGAGCAUGGCUAA